AUAUUAAUUAUUUGAUGAAAGAGAUAAAUGUUGAGUGUUUGGUUAUAUAAUCUUUUUGUUGUUGUGCGAAUUAAAAAGUUAACAGCCUUUUGACAUAAGCAGAGCCUCUUUCAAGUUAGCCUUUGAGAAGACUCUGCUAGGGUUGAACCGUAAGCCCAUUAACUUUUCCCCCACCAUCUACACCAUAGUAAGCAGUUUGCAAUACCUAAUUUGCUCCUUUUUACACCUUUUUUUCCCCUUUAACAAUUUGUUUUUUAUUAAGGUAAAACAAAUCUGUCAUAUUAUGAAAUGACUUUAUGGAAGGAAAACAUAUUUUUGAAGAAAUUCUGUAUAAUUGGUUUUGAUACAAAACAACAUUGUCAAAAACAAUUCUUGAAGACUAUUUUGUUUGCCCUUCCUUAACCUUAGUUAAUUACAAGACUCAGGGUUUUUGAGGCAACCCUGAAGUAAAACCUCUGUACAGAAUUAUCAUUUUCAAACUGUGUACCAAUAAUCAAAUUAUAAUCUGGGUUAACGCAAAGAGAGACCAGCUGUUACCUUGUAAAUUCUCAAAAAAUGAUUUCGAGCUUUUUUUGAAAGAGAUCUUAUGUGGCUGUCAGGCCCUGACAAAUUUAUGCCAUACUAAAUUGGCGACAGAAGUAUAAACACUUUUUAAAAGACAUUUCAGCUAAGCAAGCAAGAGGGCUAGUGAAUAUUUAUCAGCCAGGCCUUGUCAAUGGGAGAAGACAUAUGGAAGCAAUAAUGAAAGAUUUUAAUGUCAUUUGGAGAAAAUAUGCAAUCUCGAGUAGGGAGUUGAUGAGGUAGCAACACAUUACGCAGGUUUCGACCGCGUCUUUCUUGACCGGGCCGCGUCGUCAAGAGACUCUCUGGGGCUCACGAUCUUAACGAGGAUAGACGAUGCCCAUUUACAGGUCCGGUGAGUUUAUUCCAGUGCAUUCAGAGGUAGUCAUAAUCUGCUUUUCUCUUUUACUUGCCUCUUGCCUUUUUAGUAGAUUCAUCUCUCUGAUUAGCAACAUGUCAGGCAUUGGGGCACUUGAGUCCCAGCGCUUAAUGGAAACAAUUAUGCAAAUGCAUAUUUCCAUAUCUGCGCAUCACUGAACGCAAGUUGUUAGUCACCUUUUUUUUCUUCUUUUUUUUCUCUGUGGUUUGCUUUUUUUUUCUUAUCGUGUUCUUUCCUUUCCUUCUUGACUCCCGCCCUUCUCUAUCUCGCUCAUUACUGGGCCAACGUCGCUGUCUUUACACGGCCUCUGAAUUCCAGCGCUGCUAAGUGUACCCAUUGCAAUCACAUGAUAUACCUGAGAUUAGAACUCGAUACCCAGCCUAGUAUAAAACAGUACAAGUUGGUACUCAGGCGGGCCCGGCCAGCCAGGCUGUGCCUUUUUUUCCUUCCCCUAAUGCCUUGCGUAGUUGAUUGUGUAGAUGAGUGGAAGUUGAUCAGUGCUGGGGAGAAACUAUUAGUCAUUCGUGUCCACAUGGGGUUUAAUGACCCUAUGACAUUAGCAAGCCUGAUCAGCCGCCUGCCAACAUUAAUUUCUUGUACCGAGGCUUGUGUAUGCAUUCAUUUACUGGGGUCUCCAGUCAGUGCUUUGUAUGAGUUGAGAGAGAGGGAGAGAAAGUGGAGGCUCUCCAGUUGAAAUUACAGUGGCUUGGUCCAUUUGAGCUGGUGACGGUCUCUGUGUGUGUACUGCACUCUGACAUGCCAGGGGGAAGGAGUUGUUUUACCCUCAAUGGUAACCUGUUGGGAUGAUAAAACCUGUUGGUCCUACAAACAAUAGUCACUACUUGAGUUCCCACAGUCAAUAGCAGAUGGUCACUGGAUGGUCACUCGGCAGCAGCACGGACACAUGUCAGAGUUCAAAGGUCAAUGUCAGGUUCAUUUUACGAACAGUGAUAGUAACAGAGACACACAACGAUUCCCUGCGUGCAUUUGUGGCCGAUCUGUGAUAAGACAAUAAUGGAAAGAAACAAGGUAUAAGAACAGCGCUUUGAUUCCCUCUUCUUCUGAUGCACCAUGACUGCUGUUGAGCAAAACUCCAUGGGUGACAUUGGGGAGUUUCCUGACCCACCGUUACAGGAUCUACCACUAGCUAAAGUAACAAGCAACAUGUUAAAAGAUAAACUCCCUCCGUUUUCAAUGGAGAACUCGCUCUGCAGUGAUCUUCCGACAACAGGACCUGAUCACGCUGCUGCAGCAGUCGGAGACGAGUUGAAAGUAAAUGGCGAUUCCAAUUCCAAAGACAGCGAACCCAAGAGCCAACACGAGAACGGGCCUCGAAAAGAAAAUGGUCCACCUGAAGAUGUGGCUUGUUCAGAGUGCAACGGACAGUUCAACAGUCUGCAGUUGUACAUGGAACAUAGUUGCAAGGCCUCUAAGUUCCCCAAGCAACAACAAAAUGAAAACGUUGAAGACGCUGAAGCAAUCGCAGAGAGUGAUGGAGCUGCGUCAAUCAACGGUGACGAUAGCGAACUGAGCGAUAUCGAGAACUUUGAAGGAGAGAUUGUCUACCGACCCGAUGGGUCUGCUUACCUUAUGGACGGAUCGGAAUUAUCUGAUAGUGAAAGUGCCCAAUGUGGCUCCAAAGAACUAGACACCCUGGGUAGGCAGCCCUUAAAGGACACUGGAAAUAUGUCUGCCUUUCCCGGUAUUGUGAACUCUCUCCAUAUACCCGCCUAUAUGACUAUGGGGAACCUGGCUCCAUUUAACCUGGGCCAGCUUGCAACUCCUAUAGUACAUAGCUUCCGCGUUUACGACGUUAGAACAGGAAAGGGGGAUAAUCAGGAAAGUUCAGAGACUAAAGCCGAUGAGGAAGGACAGCAUUCUGCCAAUGAGAAUGCAAUGGAGGGCCAUGGUAAGCCCAUCCUUAUGUGCUUCUUGUGUAAACUGUCAUUUGGAUUUGCCAAAUCCUUUGUAGCCCACGCAAACAACGAACACAAACUGACUCUGAACGAGGAGGAACGGCAGAUUAUGGCCCGUAAGAGCCAGUCCGCUAUCAUACAGGGUCUCGGCAAAGAGAAAAAUCCCCUGUUGUCAUUCCUUGAAGCCACUGCCAUCAAAUCGCAACCUAGCCAUCUACAAAACUUCAAACACACGCCACCUUCCACUGAUUAUUUGCACUCGAUGUUCUCUUCAGCUGCCUCGUCAGUAAGCUAUGUGUACCCUGUUAAUGUUGCCAUCAGUACUAGCUCACCCCACACAACCAGUGUCGUCACUGCUACCUCAACUCCCAAAAUGCAGCAUAUUCGUGUUGAGGCUGCUGGCAGAGAAGAUGUCGCGGACACUGAAACGGACGGACGGCAUCCACAACAAAAAGAAACAGCCCCUGGUCUUUUGGCUAUUGCCAAAAGUGAAAACCAAUCUUCAGGACCAAAUCAAGACAAAGGUACAUCCUUGGACAAUGACAAAAGUAUUGCAAGAAAGGAUGGCUUAUUGUCAGCUGAGCAAUCUGAAAUAAUCCCUAAGGACCAUUCUUCUCCCGAGAAGUGUAAAGCCAAAAGACACCCUGAUGGAUUUUUGGCACAGGACAGUCACAAACUGUCGGUCGAGCUAAACGCUUCCAGAUCACCAGCUGCAGACAACGGGACUUCUGGCAGUCACAAUUUUUCAACCAAUUUUCUGCUUGAGCCAGGGAAACCAGUGGUGAGGUACAGCCCAAGCCCAAGUGCCAGUUCAAAUUGUCAGACACCCCACCCACAAGAGGCUGAAUCUCCUGAUCCAUCGAGCCUUGCUGAAGAAAACCUUCCCGAUGGGAGCCCAUCCCCCAGACCAAGCAGUCGAGACACCUGUACUCCCUCUGAUUGCUGUUCUUCCAGUGGACGGAAUUCUAGCAGUGUGGAAUGCCCAAAGUGUGACAUGGUCCUGGGCUCUUCACGUUCACUAGGCGGGCAUAUGACCAUGAUGCACUCGCGCAACUCCUGCAAGACACUUAAAUGCCCCAAAUGCAACUGGCACUACAAGUAUCAGCAAACGCUAGAGGCUCAUAUGAAAGAGAAGCAUCCAGAGAGUGAAUCCAAAUGUCCUUACUGCGAGACCAACCAAACCCAUCCUCGUCUAUCCAGAGGUGAAACCUACACCUGUGGAUACAAGCCAUACCGCUGCGAUAUCUGUAACUAUUCCACCACCACCAAGGGCAAUCUAAGUAUUCACAUGCAAUCUGAUAAGCAUUUAAACAACGUACAAGAGCUACAAAACGGCAGUGACCAAUUAUUCAUGCACACUAGCAAGGUGGGUAAUGAGCUACCCCCUUCAUUAUCGUCUACGUCGUCAACGAAAACUAAGCCUAAGCACACCUGGCGAUGCGAUGUGUGUGAUUAUGAGACCAACGUGGCUCGCAAUUUGCGCAUCCACAUGACGAGUGAGAAGCACAUCCACAACAUGAUGGCAAUCCAGCAGAACGUCAGCCAGAUGCAGCGAGAGAUGCAGACCAACCUGACUGGCUUUCAACCUGAGGAAUCCAUGUAUAUGUACAUGGCCCAGAAUAUGCUCCCCAUUGUCGCCCAGGGACCAGAAGGUAUGGAUAUGCAGAGCAUGAUGAAUUACAACUACGAUCCAGUUGCAUAUGCGGCCAUGGUCGGAAACAUGGCCUUGGGCGUUGCUCCUACUCCUGACCAGCAGGCCAGACCAGUUCAUGAAGAUCAAACCGCAGUUGUAACUACAGAUGACAUGCAGAACAACGAACCUCUGCGGUUGUACCAGUGCUCAGUGUGCAACAAGUUUAGCACAGAUUGUCUGGGUACACUACAGCAACACAUCUCUAAGGAUCGAAGUGAACCCAACGAGGAGCUGUGGCGUAUCGUGAUCGGUGAUGUCCAGCAGUGUGCAUUAUGCAACUACACCACUCAGGUGAAGGCCAAUUUCCAGCUUCACAUGAAGACCGAUAAGCACCAGCAGAAACUGCAACUGUUCAACCACAUCAGGGAAGGCGGCAAGCAAAAUGAGUGGCGUCUGAAGUACAUGAAUGUUGGCAACCCAAUUCAGUUACGCUGUAACGCCUGCGAUUACUACACCUACAGCACCGACAAGCUUCACACACACACCCACAGCAGUAACUACCGCCAUGAGACAAGCAUGAAGCUCUUCCGUCACCUUCAGAAAAUCAACAUUACUAUCAACCCUGAGACACGCACCUUCCACUGCCCUCUAUGUAACUACUCCACCAAGGCCAAACUUAAUUUGAUACAACAUGUCCAAUCCUUGCAGCACAUUAAGAGUGAGGAGAAACUCAACAAAGCCUCACCCAAGGAAGGGAUGACAGCUGAUGGUGCAUUAGACCUGUCCAGAAAAGACAGACCAUCACCAACUUCUACUGCAUCUACCCCCAGGGACCAAGAUAAAGAACCCGGUGAACCUGAAGCCAAACGUCCAAAGUUACCCCAGGAGAGUUUUACGACUGGAAGGCAAAGAGGGGAGUCUCGCAGCAACCCAACCACCACACAAAUAUUUUCCUGCCCGUAUUGCAAAUACAGCAGCAUUGACCAGCAACGUAUAUCUGCUCAUGUGGUGUCCCAGCACAGCAUUAAACCCCAGCCCAUCUUGCGCUGCCCUCUUUGUCAGGAAGUUUGUACCAAUAAGAUUAACUUAGAGGUACAUCUCAUGGAUGCUCAUAGUGUCUCCAGAGAAUGUAUGCAGCGGCUUAUGAUGACCAGUGAAUGGGUGAUGCCAACAGCUACCAAUCCUCCAGCUACACCGCCAUUCAUUCAAGGAACCAACCCUGCAAUGGAGGCAUUGGCCCAGGCAGGUCUUAAACCCCCACCAGCUGAAUCCCCGGCACCUUCUUUUUUUGAAUCAGCUAAAAUGGAAGCACAUGAGAAACCAAGAGAUUCUCCAGGUCCCUCAAGUGACACAGAAAGCACUGAUUUAUAUCGUUGCCAAAAGUGUCAUCUUGUUUUUGCAAAUAUCGAUCAGCUCUACUCUCAUCAGGACCAAAGUUGUCCCCUCACUGAGCAAGACACUCCAGGUGGACCAGGAUUUCUAUGUUGGAAGAAAGGUUGCAACCAAUACUUCAAGACAGCUUCUGCUCUUCAGAUGCAUUUUAAAGAGAUCCAUGCUAAGCGUCAACAGUCGACCAGCUCGGAACGUCAUAUGUAUAAGUUCCGCUGCAAUCAGUGCAGCUUGGCAUUCAAGACGGAAGAGAAGCUCACCAACCACAUGCAGUAUCAUCUACUACGUGCAGCUACCAAGUGUCCAGUUUGCCAGCGAAUGUUUCGAUCAGUCCCUGCCUUGCAAAACCACAUUGAGACAGCCCAUCAGGAUCUGAGCAGCAGUGAGCUACUCCAGUACUACAACUCUGUAUCCAAUGGGGACUUGGUUUCGCUACCUAAAUCGGUUGAUGACUCUCCAAAUUGCGAUGACGUUCUCAAUGAAGGUGAUCAGAACAACCAGUUUGAUCAAUCUCAGUUUGAAGGCCAGUUGGAAGCUGAAUCUGUAGAUGGUACCAUUGACAGCUCAGAUGCAGGUAGAGAUGACCCCAGCCGGCAGGUGGAAACGCCAAAUAGUCAGGAAGUUGAUAGUCUCUCAGAAGAUGGAAGUCAAGAUGAAUCUAAAUACAUCGAUGAUGGAACUUAUGCAGAUCCUAGCCGCAAAUACAAAUGCCAUCGAUGUCGUUUGGGAUUUAUGCGCCAGAGUGAGCUGAGUAGUCAUAACAAAACAAUGAUGCAUCGCAAAGGGGAUCGCAGUCUGACUGCUUUCCAACUUCAGAGGUACUGGGACCCCAACCGACCCUAUAAAUGUGAUGUCUGCAAAGAAUCCUUCACCCAGAAGAAUAUCUUGCUUGUCCAUUACAACUCUGUCUCUCAUUUACAUAAACUGAAGCAGAGCCUGAAUGAACCCACCGAGCCAGAUACAUCAGCAGAUACCAGUGAUGGUAAGCCAUAUCGCUGCAAUUUGUGCAAAGUUGCUUACAGCCAAGCCACAACAUUGGAGACACACAUGCGCUCUGUGCUUCAUCAGAGCCGAGCAGCCAAACAAGAGCUUCAAGGAACCAGUGCUGAACGUGAAGAAUCUACACUGGACCAGACAAGAGGUGCAACCGAGAAUGGUGAUCUUGUAUCUCCUAAACCAUCAGGGAUGUCUACUCCAUCACAGCAGGCACAAGAACUGCAGUCACAGCAGCUGCAACAGGCCCAACAAAUGCAGUUACAGAUGCAGCAGAUUCAACUUCACCAGCUGCAGCAAUUGCAGCAGGCACAAUUGCAGCACUUCCUUCAACAGCAAGGAAUUAGUCAGCUCCAUUCAGAAGCCGCCCAGCAGCUCCAGGCAGAACUAGCUCUUGCAACGCUAGCUGGUUUUCCCCCAGGAAUGAUGCUACAACCUGGUCAGAUGCUUCCUCAACCGAGUGUCUUCAGUUGUAACAAAUGUUCAUCAGUCUUUGUGAGCCAAGAGGCCCUUGUUCAACAUCAGCUUACACAAUGUGGAAACUCUCCUUCAUCAGAGAACGCUACCACACCAGCCACACCACCAGCAACCCCAAAGCAGAGCAUCCCUGAGAUUUCAAACAGUCAGCAACCACGUCGUAUUCGAACCUCUCAAGUCCAAAGAAAGCUCUUGGAAAGCUAUGGAUUUGACCUUGUUCAACAGUUCAAUGAGUUUGCUCAGGGUUUACCAGCCAGUAUUGCUCAAGAGGACAAGUUCUACUGCAGCGAUUGCUCCAAAGAGUUUUCAAGUAUUUUUGUCUACAAAGCCCAUUUAGAAGAGCUUCACAAGAAGGUGCUAACCAUUAAGGAGAUCGAGAUGUACUCGCAGAAGUUUAAAGAGGAGCUUAUUGAGAGCAGUCUUGAAGAGGAGAGAGAAAGGAUCGAAAGUGAGAAAGCUGUCAAGGAGGAACAACCUGAACAGAAUGGGGAAGUCAAAGAAGAACCCGGAUCUGAUGCACUAUCUCAGGUGCCGUUAACUGAGGAGCAGUAUGCUACAGCUCAGCUUGCUGCAGUGCAGUAUCUACAGCAAGCACACCAGCAAGGCCAGAUAUCUGCUGCCCAGGCCAUGCCUCCCCCACCUCCUCCACAAAUGCUGCUGUCAAAUACAUUUCCGCUCUCAAUGAUGCAGCCCAUGCAGACUCUGUCUGGCAUGCAAAACUUCAACAUGGUGCAAGGAAUGAACUCGGUACAGGCCACCAUGCCUGCUAUGCAGGCCGUUCAAUAUGUGGAUCCCAACUACAUGCAGAAGUCUCCAAAGCGGGCUCGCACACGAAUUACCGAUGACCAGUUGAAAAUUCUAAGAGCCUACUUUGACAUUAACAAUUCUCCCACGGAAGAGCAGAUUGCAGAGAUGUCCCAGAAGUCUGGUUUGCCACAUAAAGUUAUCAAGCACUGGUUUAGAAAUACUUUAUUUAAAGAGCGACAGAGAAACAAAGAUUCUCCUUACAACUUCAACAACCCACCCACCACCACACUUCAAGAUGCAGAGAAGUCAGCUCAAGCAAAGGCCAAGCAAGAAGUGGCAGCUGCCCAGGCAGCUGCUUUAGCAGCAGAGCAGGCAGCAGCAGCCUGUGCAGCAGCUGCUGCGGCUGCUGCUGCAGAUGCACGACAUUUGUCACCAUCACCCAUUUCAUCCAUCAGUGGUUCUGGCAGCAGAAAAAGGAGCAAAGCGGGAAGCAGUUUUUUAGCCGAUGGUGCCUCCCCUUGUCUGUCACUACCUUUAUCAUCUACAAUGCCUAUGAUGGCCUUGCCGCCAGCACCCAUGGCGUCAGCCUCUGCCUCGUUGCCUGUUUGUACAGCCAUUCUCAGUGCUCCUCCUAUUCCUGCACUAUCGGUCUCUCCAAAACCAGAAUCAAAACCUGAGAAAAAAGAGAGUGUGAAAUCUGAGACCGUUCCUGAGAAGAGUCCUUUUCUACCCGAUUGGUCUCAGCCUAAAUCACAAUCACCACCACCACCCAUUGAGGAAGCCCCACCUACACUGAAAAGCAAGCCGAGUGACAUGGAUGUUUUCAGCAAGUCAGAAGAGUCCUUACUUAAGCCCCCUGUCAAACGAGAGCGAGAAAGUGUUGCAAGUGUAAGUUCAGUAAACAGUGUCUUCACAUCAGACCCACAGGGAGUCAAUGUUUUUAGAUCAUCAGCCCUUACAUCUUCACCUACUACGCCUACCUCAACCCACUCUGAGCUGGGCUCCCCAAUACUUUCACCGAUUUCUCCAGCAACCCAUGGGAUGCCGUCUGCCACCUCCCCAACAGUGAGUUGCAGUGGUUCAGGAUCCAAGCGGUCAGGUCGCACACGCUUCACAGAUUAUCAGGUCAAAGUCUUACAGGAGUUUUUCGAGAAUAAUGCCUACCCCAAGGAUGAUGACCUGGAUAACAUGUCCCGCCUGUUAAACCUCAGUCCUCGUGUGAUUGUAGUUUGGUUUCAAAAUGCCAGACAGAAAGCACGGAAGAUAUUUGAGAACCAACCUCUGAUUGACAGCGGGGAUUCUGAAGGUGAGUGUAGCAACCGCUACAAGCGUACCCCCGGUAUGAACUACCAGUGCAGCAAGUGCUUGUUGGUAUUCCAGAGAUUCUAUGAGUUGAUCAGACAUCAGAAACUCCACUGUUACAAAGAAGAUGAAGGUAGCAAUCAUUCAUCUCAAGUCAGUCCAAGUGGUGGUCCUCCCUGUACUUCGCCAAUUGCUAAGAGCACAGCCAGCAGCACUAGCAGUGUCACCUCUGACACUGUGUUCACCAAGUCCGAGGAGAGGAAUCCCAAGUCCGAGGCUGAACCUAAGGCUGAAUCCAAAUCUUCCAGUUCGACCCAGGACGGUCAGGGUCCAGUGGUGCAUUAUCAGUGUGAGAAAUGCAGUUUGGUCUUCCCGCAUUUUGACCAAUGGAGGGAUCAUCAGCAGGUACAUAUGAUGAAUAUGGGCCUAUUUGGGAGCUAUCUUCCCCAGCAGAUGCCAUACAACAUGAUGUAUCUCUCCUACCCAGAAAGCAUGAAUGGUGUAACUCCAGAACAGUAUCUGAAUUACUUGAGUAACAAGAAGCAGAAUGAGUCACCAACUAAGAGGAAGUUCUCUGAAACGAGUGAUGAAUUAUUGGGGCCAUCAACCUCUGAAAAUUCUGCUGAUAACGGGGAGCAGCCAAAGGACAAGCGACUACGGACCACUAUAUCUCCAGCUCAACUUGAUGUAUUGUAUGCAAAGUACCGUGAGGACAGCAACCCUACUCGCAGGAUGCUUGACAUGAUAUCCAAAGAAGUCGGGCUGAAGAAAAGAGUUGUUCAGGUUUGGUUCCAGAACACACGUGCUAGAGAGCGGAAGGGACAGUUUCGUCUCUCUGGGUUGAACCAGAUGUGCAAGUGUCCAUUCUGCAGGGCCCUGUUCAAAUCCAAGUCAGCUCUCGAAGCCCAUAUCAGAACCCGUCACUUUGACCAACAGGUUACCAACAGUCAGAUGGAAGCCAUCCUAGCUCAGAUGCCCGAGUGUGAUGAAAGCGGAAUGAUGAGCCCUCAGUUCGACAGCUCAACAGGCAACAUGUUCUCAAUAAGUCCCAGCCUCUCUCAGGACGGAGACCAUGCUGUCAAUUUGUCUUCCACCCACAAACUGCGUCGUAAGGGUGAAGAAUUGAUCAUUAUUUCAGAUGAUAGCAGUAGCCAAGAUGGAGUCGAGAACCCCAAUGAGUCUGGAAAUUCUGAUGAGGUGGGAUUAAAGCAAAGAUCAAGAAAUGACAGCGGACGAGAUUCUGAAGGGAACAGAAGGGAGAUGUCUAAACAGUGGGAAGGGUUACAGUCACGGAGCGGCAGUGAUUCCUCCCAGCUUCAGAUGGAUGAAGAAAACAAGGAAUCUGAAAUGCUCUCACCCAGCAGCAGCAUGGUUGGUGAAGAUUUCUACGAAAACACACUGUCUGAAGCAGGUUCCAUGGAUCGAAGUGAGGACUCCUACAGUAAUCUGGAUGAGGCAGAAAGAAUGAGGAUACGUGAGGCCAAUAAAAGGUAUCGCACCCAAAUGAGUCAACUUCAACUGAAGGUGCUGAAACACUGCUUUAAUGACUACCGCACUCCGACCAUGCAUGAAUGUGAACUGCUUGGCCAGGAGGUUGGACUACCUAAGCGUGUAGUGCAGGUGUGGUUCCAGAAUGCAAGAGCAAAAGACAAGAAAUGCAAAACUACUGUGACCAAACAGUUUGGGAUGAUUGGCACUUCGUCUGACGGUCUACCGGAAUCGUGCAAGCUGUGCAAUGUCACCUACUCCAUGUCUUUGUCAGUGAGAGAUCACGUCUUUACUGAGAUGCACAUUCGGAGUGUGAAAAAGUUCAUCAACAAUGAGAUAGAGAAGGACUCUGAGGAUAGUGCCAGAUUCUUGUCACUUCAACAAAAGGUGCAUGGUUCCCCCUCUCAGCAGCAGCAGCAGCAGCAGCAACAACAACAACAACAACAACAGCAGCAGCAGCAACAGGAACAGCAGCAAGCUCUUGCAGCCAGCCAAGCAUUUUUGCCUGGAGCUACCCACCCAAUGAUGCAAGGAGCAGGAGGUGUUAAUCCAGUCGCUGCUGCAGCUCAAAUACAAGCAAUUCAAGCUAUGCAUGCCGCUCAGAUGAUCUCACCUCAGAUGGCUUCACAACAGAUUGCCGCAGUAGCUGCUGCUGCUGGAAUGCUUCCUGGAGGAUCUCCUCCUGCAGCACCUGGCAAACAAGAAGGACGAAAGGAAGGAGGAGUCAAGCAGGAACCCAAAGAUGAGGAGCAGGCAGCCCAGCAAGCUGCAGCAGCCCAGCAGCAGGCAGCUGCAGCUAUGCAAAUCGCUCAGCAGCUCAACGCGCCAGGUUCUCGCACAGACCAAGCUCUGAUGUCUUACCUGUAUGGCGGGGUACCCCCAUAUUACUCCCAAAUGCCCAUGAUGUAUCCAUUUUAUCCCGGUGGGCAGGAAGCAGCAAUGAUGGCUGCCUAUGAGCAAUCCAUGCAAGCUGCAGGGAUGUUCCCACAGAUGGCUCAGAUGUAUGGAGCAAAUCCCCUGGCUGCAGCAGCACAGCUACAGUCCAAAACCCCAGAGUCCACCACGCCCAAACCGAGUACCAGUAAAGAACAGCGGGAAUCCUCCUCCUUCCCUGGGGAUAGGGACCGUCUCAUCCUCAGGCCCAAAUCCUCUACCAAUCGCUACCUCUGCAAGAAGUGUGAGAAGGUCUUCACAGACCGAGAUUCUGUGACGUCCCAUCAGGUGACCGCCUGUUAUCCAGGUCAGGUGGUGAAUACAGAGGAGACUGUAGAGAAGCUUCCAUCAAACCGGUUCUUGUGCCAGGCCUGCCCACGGGAGGCUCUCAUCACAGAGGAAGACGUUAACAAACAUCUACAGUCAUCAGGCCAUGAGAGGAAUGCUGCACUGCGACGUAGCAGUAGCAGUAGCUCCAAGAAAAGCUCUAAACAUCAUCGGCAUCAUCAUCAAAGUAAGCACUGAGUGCUCAACAAAUUAUUCAACCCACCAAAAACAAAAGCAUUAAAGUCAAACAAAUUAGCAUAACUGACCUAAAAAUCUGAUAUUUUUCCUGCCUGCUGGGAACGGAAUGACACUAUAAGGGGCCUUAUGGUUUUGAUUAUUAAGACCCAAGUGUGGGGUACAAAGUUAUGUGCACAAAAUGACAUGAUGCUCAGAUAACACUUUUGGCGGGGCAAAUUUGCACAAUGAACCAAUGAAAUUGUCUCAAAGAAUUUUUUUAGACAUUAACAUUUUGCAGUCUUGACGAGCUGCCUUUUGUACAGUAAAUUAUUAUGGACCAACGAGAGAUUUAAUACAUGAAAUAGGUGCCCUCCUUUGUUUGUUUAAAGGUUUUUUUUUCAUAUCGUCUUAAACGAAGGAAUUACUGUAAUGCAGACUACUGAUAUAUUAUGCAUUGUUGAUGAACUUCUUGGGUUGGUUUGAUUAGGGGGGGGGGGGGUAUUUUUGAUUGAUUGAUUUAUUUAUUAUAUUUUUUUAGAAGGGGAGAAGAUAACAGUAAGACAACUCAGAUUGUAGUCUUCGCUCGCAGUUUGUAAAUAAGCCAUAAUAGGAGAGUGAUAUUAACUGUAGUUUGAUUGUGACUGGGUUGCGUUGUGGUAACGUUGGUGCAUGUAGUUGGUUAAAGAUGGAUUCCUUAUCCCAUCGGGGUAGAUGUAGACGAGGAGGGUUUGAAAUUUCGUUUUUUUACAUCCAGUAGGAAUACCAGGGUAUUACAAAAGAGAAUCGGUUCAGUUUGGAACUUAAUUUCUGUGAUUUGGCUUUUACUCACUGCGUCUUGCAGGUUCCUUUGUGAAACAGUGCUAUGGUCAGAUCCAGAACUUAAGAUCUUUAAAAAAACCUUGGAAGCUGAGAAAAAAAAACUUUGUUUGUGUGUUGAUUCUGCGAAAUAGAAUAAACACUACUGGAACAGGUUUAUUGAAAACAUUUUUAAAGUGUCUGAUAACUUGGUUGAUGGAAUGGGUAGGAUUUUGUUUUA